AUGUCUUGGCAAGCCUACACUGAUAACUUAAUUGCUAACGGUAAAGUCGAUAAAGCAGCCUUAUAUUCAAGAGCUGGUGACGCAUUAUGGGCCCAAUCCGGAUCAUUCGAAUUACAACAACCAGAAAUUACUGAAAUCGCCAAAGGUUUUGAUAGUGCUGAAGGUUUACAGACCAGUGGUUUACAUGUUCAGGGCCAAAAAUACUUUUUGUUAAGAGCUGACGACAGAUCAAUUUACGGUAAACACGAAGCCGAGGGUGUUAUUUGUGUUAGAACUAAACAAACUAUUUUGAUCGCCCAUUAUCCGAGUGGUGUUCAACCAGGCGAAGCUACCACUCUUGUUGAAAAAUUGGCCGAUUACUUGAUCAAUGCUGGUUAUUAG